GGAAAAAGAGGGAAAGGCAGCGGAGAACUGCCCAGCUGAUACUACAAAAUCGUCCUCCUUCCCCUCAUCCGUGUCAACCUCGCCUUGGGGACAUCCGCCGUCUUCCCUUAUCAUCAACCCCGUCUGGUCUGACCAUGUCAUCGUCCUCGGCUUCAGUAUCUCCGUCCGUCAAGGGCAUGCGGAAGAAUGGUAAAAACUGGCACGACUCCAAAAAGCCCUUUCGCCCUACGGCGGGCAUGACCUCCUAUGCGAAGCGCCUGGAGACCCGCAAACACCAAGAGGCCGUCAAAGAGCAUGAGAGGGAACUCAAGGAAGAGAAGGAGGCAGAACGGAAGGCCCAUAUCCAGCGAAUUAAGGAUCGCAGAGCUGCCAAGGAAGAGACAGAACGCUACGAAAAGAUGGCAGAAAAGAUGCAUCGUAAACGGGUCGAGCGCCUGAAGCGCCGUGAAAAGCGCAACAAGUUGCUGAAUUCUUGAAAGGUGCCUAAAGCUUGAUUAAAUUCCGAUGGUCCAGCACAAGCUGUUACCUUAUGGUUGAGGUAUUUCUUGCUGUUGUUUGCUGCGCUGGAUGCAUGACGGCCAACAUCCAAAUGUCGGAAAUUUCUUUUCUGCCAUUAUUUCCCUCCUGGAAAUUUCUCCCUCUUGUCUGCGUCAUGCCUGUGAAAAUUCUUGGCGACAGGCAGCCUCUUUUCACAUCUUUCAUCUUCUAUUGGGACAAAAAUGGAUCAUGGCGCUAUAGGCGUUGGAGUUUCUGACGAUUGAUCUUCUACUUUUGACUGUACUCAUACGGAAGCAUGAGAUGGUUAUACACAAACACAUUCAAAUCCCAAGGCUGUC